AUGUUGGACACAUUCGAGAUCCUGACCACCUCAGGCGUGGUUCUCUGGUCCAGGACAUAUGCGCCCGUCAACCCGUCCGUCAUCAACAACUUCAUCGCCGAUGUAUUCAUUGAGGAGAAGGGCGGCGCCGCCUCGAGCCAGUCCGCGGCCAGCAACCCACCGUACAAGCGCGACCAACACACACUCCGCUACACGUUCGUCAAGGAACUAGGUGUCAUCUUCGUGGCCGUGUACAGAUCGCUCCUCCACCUGUCGUGGAUUGACAAGCUUGUCGACAAUAUCAAGACGAUCUUUGUGGACUUAUACGGCGAACAGCUGACGAAGCCCCAUACGACAUUGGUCGAAUGCCACAAGUUCGACGAGUACUUUGACCAGCAGGUCCGAGAGCUCGAGACAACGGGGGCCAAGGGCGAUUCCAACAUUUCGGAAGCCGAGUUCGCCAAGGAGGAGAAGACGCUGUCCGGGAACCUCGGCGACGAUCCGCCUCUCCCCCCUGGUCUGCAUUAUAGGGGACGCGGUCUGAACGGCGCGAACGCCGCAUCGAACGACUCUACACCUGUCGCGACGCCGACGACUUCGCGGCCCUCGACCCCCGGAACCGGCGGCGUUGUGGUGGGAAAGGCCGGGCCCGUGGCCAAGAUGUCGCGGCGCGCGCGCAAGGCCGGCACCUCGGGCCCCGUGUCGUCCGGCGACGAGUCCGCCGGCAGACGGCCCAAGGUCGCGACGAGGUCAUCGACGAAGAAGGGUCGCAAGUGGGACGCCGACGGCAUGGCGGACGAGGACGACGACGUGGUGCUGGACUACUCGGCCGCCCCGAAGUCGUCGACGAGCGACUCGGAAGCCGAGACCGCCGCGCGCUCGUCGGCCGUCGAGCACGUCGACCACACGACGUGGGGUUCCAAGACGGCAAAGGGGCAGUUCGUGCUCAAGGACCUCGACGACGAAGUGCACAACAUCCUCGCCUCGGCGCAGGCCAAGAACAGCACCGCGUCCAAGGCGGAGUCGUCCUCGUCGGGCGGCGGCGGGCUUAUCGGGACCGGCCUGAGCACCAUCGGCGGACUGUUCCGCAAUGUCGUCGGUGGCAAGACUCUCACCAAGGCGGACCUCGACAAGGCCAUGAAGGGCAUGGAGGAGCACCUCCUCAAGAAGAACGUGGCGCGCGAGGCGGCGGUGCGGCUGUGCGAGGGCGUCGAGAAGGAGCUCCUGGGCGUCAAAACGGGCAACUUCGAGAGCAUCAACGCGCGGAUUCAGGCUGCCAUGGAGGCGUCGCUCACAAAGAUGCUCACGCCGACGUCGUCGCUCGACCUCCUCCGCGAGAUCGACGCCAUCACGGCGCCGCCCGCGACCUCGCUGCGCAGGGCCCGACCCUACGUCAUCUCCAUCGUCGGUGUCAACGGCGUCGGCAAGUCCACCAACCUCUCCAAGAUCUGCUUCUUCCUGCUGCAGAACAAGUACAAGGUCCUCAUCGCCGCCGGUGACACGUUCCGUUCCGGCGCCGUCGAGCAGCUCGCCGUCCACGUCCGCAACCUCAAGGAGCUCACGAUCCGCGAGGGCGGCCGCGUCGAGCUGUACCAGAAGGGCUACGGCAAGGACGCCGCCACCGUCGCCCGCGACGCCGUCUCGCACGCCGCGCAGGAGGGCUUCGAUGUUGUCCUCAUCGACACUGCUGGGCGGAGGCACAACGAUCAGCGCCUCAUGUCGUCGCUGGAGAAGUUUGCCAAGUUUGCCCAACCCGACAAGAUUCUCAUGGUUGGCGAGGCCCUCGUCGGCACCGACUCAGUCGCCCAGGCCCGCAACUUCAACGCCGCGUUCGGCGCCGUCCGCACCCUCGACGGCUUCAUCAUCUCAAAGUGCGACACGGUCGGCAACAUGGUCGGCACCCUCGUCAGCCUCGUCCACGCCACAAACGUCCCCGUUCUCUUCGUCGGCGUCGGCCAGCACUACUCGGACCUGCGCAACUUCUCCGUGAAGUGGGCAGUCGAGAAGCUCCUGAGCAGUUCUUGA